CCCCCUUCUCCUUCUCCUCCUCCUCCUCCUCCUCGUUGGAUUUAGAGAGAGGAAUGAUUAUUGACACUGCAUCUCUCUCUUUAGUUCCUGAAACCAAAUCAGAGUUAAGUGAUGGAACAGUAGUGAGAGCAAGAUUUUGAGGUUUAGAGAUCCAAAAAUCCGAGCUUUGAAGCCAUGGAGAGGCACAGAUGCAAACUCUGCCACCGGCGCUUCUCCAACGGCCGCGCCCUCGGUGGCCACAUGCGCUCUCACGUCGCCCAUGUCCCUCGUCCCACGAGGGCUCAGCAACCCCUCCCCUCGCCGUGCGCAUCCUCGUCCUUCUUCCCGGCGGAGGAGGCCAAGGAUCCGGAGGCGGCGGCGUCGUACGGCCCCCGGGAGAACCUCAGGAGAAGUUUCAGUCUUGUCGAUCACAAGUUCGCCUUCUCCGUCCCCGCCACGGAGGGGGGAGGCGGCGGGUCCUAUCCCGUCGACCGGGAUGGCGAGAGCGACGCGGAGUCGUCCUUUCGACGGCGGUUCAGCCGCAAUCGCCGCCGAGAGGAUCCCUCCGCCGACGCUGAGCCGGUCAGCUCCAUCUCCGACGCCUCCCCCGAGGAGGACGUCGCCCGCUGGCUCAUGCUGCUCUCCCGCAACGCCUGGUCCAAGUCCGAGGUAGACGGCCACAGAUCCAACGGUUGGGAUGAAGCCAAUGAGGACGAAGAGGAUGAUCUCUAUUACGAGGAGGAGGAAGAUGAGGAGGCGAAGCAGCCUACAGCCACCGCUAGAUCAUGGCGGAAGAGGACGAGGUACCAGUGCAGAACGUGCCGGAAGUUCUUCCGGUCGUAUCAAGCUCUCGGCGGCCACCGCGCGAGUCGCAAGAGGGCGGGAGUGGAAUGCAUCCCGAUCGCCGGAAUCCGAAACCACAGCGAUGACCCUUCUGACGCCAAUGCCGCCGAUCGCAACCCCAAACUCUUCGAAUGCCCUUACUGCUACAGGGUUUUCCCCUCCGGCCAGGCCCUCGGCGGCCACAAAAGAUCCCAUCGUCUCUCCACCGCAGCCAUUGCCGCCGCCAUCCCCGCUCGUCCCCUGCUGCCCGUCAAAGACUGUUUCAUAGACCUCAACCUUCCAGCUCCAUUGGAGGAGGAGGCCGAGCUCUCGGCGCUUUCCGUCGCAACGGAGUUCGCGUCAAAGUGACCUCCUUUCUCCAAUCAAAUUGCUCCCGGAGCUCAAAGACGCCAUCUUGGAGGCUGUUUGGUCAAUUUUUCAGAGGUGAUGCUAUAAACACCGAAAAAUCUCUUCUUUCCAAGUUAAUAUUCGAAUAAAAUACAAACCUAGGCUCAUCUUUAA